AUGACCUUCCAACACUGGCAUUGGGGCGUUGUUUCCCGUGUCAUGGCUGUGGUGUUGUCUCUCUUGGCUGGCGACGUGCCGUACAUAGGCACAGCUAUUGGCACUUGCCCAUCUGCAGUCCUGAUCAUAUCCCAAGCCCUUUCCUUCAAGUGUUUGGGAAUGGAGCCUAUGUCCAAGAAUUCCUCCAUUUUCUCUGAUGGGAAUCCGGUCAUUCCGGCGGAAUUCCGGUGGAUUCCAGUGGAUUCCGGUGAAAUGAAAUUUAGCAUUUAUUUAUUUUCGAUGGAUCACAAACAAUGUUUGUUUGGCAACAUGCUCACCAAACACGGCCACUCUUCUUCCACCACCUUCACCAUGCUCGUCACCGCCGCCAACGCCACGCCAUCACCGUCACCCAUAGCCACCACCGCCAACGUCGCUCCUCGAUCGCCCAUGGCCACCAUGACCACCAACAUCGACCACAACGCCGUUCAGCAACAACGCGGCGAUGCCACACACGAAACAACGCCGAACGGACACGAAACAACGCCGAAUGGAUACGGAGCGACGUCCCCGGAGACGAAACAACGCUCAGCGCCCACCAAACGAUGCCAUGGACGACAACGACAUGCCAACGCCAACGACGACGACGCCAACACCCACGAUGACGCAUCCACGCCAGACAACAGGACGACGUGUCCACGGCAAUGCGACUACCUCCACGUCCAACACCCAUCGCCCACCGAAAAACACCCAGCGCCCACCACAGAACGUCCACGUCACGAAACAACACCCCGCGCCCACGAAACAACGCCCGGCACCUAUGAAACAACGCCAGCACCCACGAAACAACACCCCACGCCCACCACGAUCCACGAGCCAGCACCACCACGAUACGGCGCCCCAGCACCAGCUACAAACGGCGGCGAGCAUCUCCAGCUCUACCACCCUACGCACAACGACGAGCGCAUUUAUGCGCUCGCUUGGCUCCUUGUUCCUCCCCCCCUUCCUUGUCCCUAUCCCCUUCCUUGUCCCUUGUCCCUUGUCCCUCCCCCCUUUUCCUUGUCCCUACCCCCUUCCUUGUACCUCCCCUUUUCUUGUCCCUUGUCCCCCGCUUUGUCCCUUCCCCUCCCUUUGAUGUAG